GGUUUAUAUAGCCUUGGCGAGUACCUAAAUUCAACCUAAAUUCAACCUAAAUUGAAGUGAGCCGGUGGAAGACUCGGAUAGACUCGGGAGACUCUCCGACCCCAGCUGCGUCUCGGUCUAUGGGGAAAGAUGAUGGACGAACUGCAUGAGUUCCACUCUCAUGAGGAGGAGCUCAAAAUUGGCCAUGGGUCUGGUGAAAGCAGAGUGGUGCACGACUACAUGUGGCGAGUGCUGAAUCUAAACAUGAUGCUUGGAGGCUGUGAGCAAGGGAUCAGUCCGCCAGCGGCCGCGCCCCACUUGCAGCACUUACAGCAGUGGAUGGCAGAGCUACCCAUCAGCCAUAUGCCAGCAGCGGGCGCCGUUCUGCAGCGUGGCGCCCCAUCGACGCCGCCGACGGCCAGCGCUCACUGCGACGCCGGCCAGUACGCGGCACCGGCGGACACCCUGCAGCAGGGUGGGGAGCGCCGUCCGCCCCAGCACGUGUCUGCGAUGUCGAGGUCACUGUCGACCGACCCGUGCGCCGCCACCGGCGCCGAGCUCUCGCGUCAGUCGCACGGCUCGCCGUCGUCGAUGCCGGCCCCACCUCCUCCCAGUCCGUACGUCGGCACCGAAUACGGUCUGCAGGCACCGCCGCCGGUGUCGGGGCUGUACCCUAGCCUGCCACAGCCAGUGCACCAGCAGACGUCGCCGCCGCUGGGCCUGGAGCGCGGCCGCGAGUCGUUCCACCACCGCCCGACGGUGCCAGCUGCUCUGCCGUCGCUGGCUGGCGGCGGCACCGGACCCGUUACGUCCGCGUACCACGGCGCGUUCGCCGUCUCCGCCAAUCCUGCGUCGUUCCCCGCCGCCCCUGAUGAGCCGCAAAAGAAGCAGCGCGGUCGGAAGAAAGGUCAGACAAAGAGCUCGGGCGCCUGGGUCGCUCACAAGGUGCUCGGACGGCCUGUAGGCACCACGCGCGCCAACGGCUACAAGGUGGGCUCGCGCGGCGGCCGCCGUAAGGGAACCACGCGCGCCAAUGGCUACAAGGUCAGUGGCGGCCGGCCCAAGGGGACCACGGCGGCGAACGGGUACAAGGUGAGCCCGGGCCGACCGCGCGGUACCACCGCCGCCAACGGCUACAGAGUGGGCCAGGGCCGGCCCCGCGCGGUCAAGGCGGACCCUCCGCCGCCCGAUGGGACCUUGCAGGUCGACGGUAGCAGGGACUAUCAGCCGCCACCGCCGCCUUCCACCCACCAACAGGCCGCCGACAAGAAAGCCACACAGUCCAUGGGCUACCAGAUCGACCAAGUGGCUCCUGUGACGAUCGAGGUGACGCCAGACCUGCCCGGCGGCGGCUCCCCGGGCUGGAGCCCGUCACGGCCGGACGUCACGCCUCCGGCCGCCUACCAACCGCCGCUCGCCACGAUCGGCGGCCGCCAGCCGACCGUCGCAGCACAGACCGUCUCGCCCCAGCUGAGUGUUGCCGCGUCGUCCACUGCGUGUGUCGAGGUGGGAAGUGCCGGCGGCGCCGUCUACCGGCCGCCGCCGGCUCUCGCCGCGCCGCCGGGGGUGCAGGUGUCGCGGGGUGGCGCGCCGGCCGAGCCCGGAUACCCGCAGCUCCCCGCCGCCCACCAGCGGCGGCCAGCGGGGCUCCCGGAACUCGAGCUGCCGACCGACCCGGUCCACAGGUCGCACUCUGUCGCUCGACUGCCCGCCUACCUGUCGCCCCCGGCCGGCCACGGCCUGCCAUUUCCCCCACCGUUCACUGGGUACUCUCAGUUUCCGGCGCCGGUGUCGCAGGCUGGUCGCUGCCGGCCUCCGGUGCCGGGCGGGGGUCUGGGUAUUGCGUCUACCGGCGUCGCUCCAGGGUCAGUUUCCACCUCGGGAAUGGGUAUGCUCACGACAGGCUGCCGGCCGUACAGCGAUGUUACAUACAGUAUGGCGGCUUUCAGCGCCGCCCGACCGUUGUAUGCCCCGCUUGGGGCGCCAGACAUCAAAGAGGAGGCGCCGGACGCCAUACCGUGUGGCGGCGGCGGUCGGUACGUCGCCGGCUCGCCGCCCCACCCGAUGGCGGUCGACGUGUCCCCGCGCGGCUACGGACCCCUCUGAGGGCUGGCGCUGGGGACCGAAUAGAGCCACCAGUCGCGCCGGUCGCUCUCGGCAGUACCGAUCGCCAGCCGUCCGCAUCGCUCCGGAACCGGCCGUCGCCGCGGUGAAAGAGCGCGCGUGUUGCCGACAAGUGUUCUCGCACCGCACACGCACCCGGUCCGGAACGGAGGACGCGGCGAAUUAGUCCGGUCUGCCGAGAGCAGGGCAGGGUCCACCAGCACUCCCACAGCACGGCCACGUGACCGUUGCGCCCGCUGUCGCCCGUAGAUUCCUCUCCUGAAGGUCUGACCCGUAUCCUGAAAGGGUUUUCCCUCGGCGGAUGCGCCGAUUGUAAAGCGGCCAGUACGUUCCCGCUGCUGCCUGCGGCUCAGGUUGACGCUCUGGUUAGGGAGCUCGGCAGCCGCCUCCAGAGGUGUACUGGUUGAUGUUUGUAUGGGCGCUUCCGCCCGAUAAUCGCUGUCCCGGUGGCCGCCUGUCGGAGACUCCCGCCUGACGUGGAAACUAUCUGACAGUGAGCAAUUACUCACUGAGACUGACCGCGGGAAUGAAAACAAAACGGGUGCAUUGCAGCAGCCUUCAGUCUCGAAGGUGUGAAAUUCUGCCGGAUAUUGUGAAUGAUAUUGUCUCAGGUGCAGCCGUGGUCCCUGCUCGGACGCCGCUGCCAGAGGGGACUGAUCGGGGGCGUGCAAUCAAUGGGACACAAGUAUCGUUCGGUCACGAAUACCCUAUAUUUGUCGAUAUACUUGCGUGUUGUUUUAAUGUUUGCCUGGAUAAGUACUGAAAGGUCUGCCAUCCGGUGCAAUGAACGUUGGCUGUUAAGUGUUAAUGUCGCAGUUGGGCCUGCUCAAUCGUUUAAUAUGUGUGGAUGUUUUUAUUGGAAAUGCUUCACAUUUACCACUUAGAUAAUUAAAGAUUGUUAAUGUGUCAGAGCUAUGUAUGUCAACCACCUAAAUGUGAUAGCGGGAACGCCAUGCUCACAUGGCAGGUAAUAGGCAAUAGACAUGGCCCAGUCCUCACGGCACGGAUGGGACUGUAUUUAUCAUUUGAUAGUUGCUGAUAUUUUUUAGCAUUUGCAUUCACAUACUUGCAUUCAUACUAGUUUUUGUUUUGGGAAGAGGUGAAACUAAAUGGGCAAUAUCAAAAUUUAAGAAGCGGAAUUGAGUUUGAUGCGACUUAUGUCAAAAGGUUGGCAAGGAACUACCUGAUUCCGCAGUCACGCUUCUCAAUAUAACGUGGCUAUAUUUCUGAUCUUUCGCCCAGUCCCACAUUUAAAUAUUCUGCCCUGCUGGGUGGCAUUUCAACAUUCCGUCUUAUUCACUCGGCUCCUAGGACGCGUAGCGAGAAGCGGCAAACGGCGUUGUAAAGGUCAUCAGAGCAUAUGAAAGGACUGCUUAUUCCUGCCUUAUAACUCGCGCCCCGCUGAAUUCAGUCGGAAGGCGCUCCGCUUUGGGGGGAAGGGGGGUCAGAUUCUGCCCCCUGUCUAACUUCCGAACGGAUGGUCGUUGAAAGACUGGGUACACGACAUACAAAAUCUGUCAACAAGGUCGAUUUUUUUAAGCAUAUUUUUUAUGGUCAAAAAGGUCAAAGAACCUGUCAAGGUCAAUUCAAAGUUACUGGUAGCUACGUGAAGUAAUUGUAUUGCAACAUAGACGACAGAUUACAGUCAGAAAUCUUUCACUAAAAAAACUGACACAUUUUAUUUCUAAAUAACCAUUUCAACACUGUCACGGCGAUUUAUCGGGCGCGGCGAACCACCCUGAAUACGCAA